AUGGAGGACAUCUGGAUGAAACUCGAAGCAGUCUUUGACUCUGGAAUCAUUCCUGUUCCAAUCCAUUCACACCGCAGACGUAGACCAACAACUCAUCCAAGAUAUCGAUCAAUACGUCAUCAUAAAACAAUGGUGACCACUAGAUCAGCUUCGAGUUCUAAAGAUACUCCAAAAUCAACAACAACAACAACAACAACAAAAUCAACUAAGAAGAAAUCAUUAUAUAUACCAUCUGAAUUUAAAGCGCCACUCUUAUCUCCUCAAAGUUGGAUGGACUUAGAUUUUAUUAUUGAAAAUUUAUCGGUCAGAGAAAUUAGAACGAUCUUAGAAGUUUGUUCGAUUACAGAUGAUUAUUGUAGAAAGUUUCAACAAAUUCAAAUCUUUAAAGAUAAAGUUUUACCCAAAGUUUUAAUUGUUAGAGAAAGAUACUCGAAUGAUAUAAGUCAAGUUUCAGAUGAAGAAUUAAUUGAAAGUUUUUUAUCUAUAGAACCAUUAGUAGGAGAAAAAAGGAGAUUUGAAGAAGAUUUAAGUGAUGAUGAAUCGAUUGAUAGUAACCUUUCAUCUGAUUCUAGGCCUACUAAAAAACUUAAGGUUUCUAAAUACUAA